CGGCGCCCGCCCGGAAGCUUUCCCGCUUUCCACUUGCCCGGGGCGGUGGCGGCCUCGGUGGUUUGUCCUUCCCUGAGGCUCUAGUUGGGAUUGGCUCACCCUGAUGGAGGAGGCAGUGCGCGCUGUCGCUGCCCCGGACCCCAGCAGCUCCGACUCCACGGUGAAGGAAGAGGGGGAGACCGCGACGGCCCCGGCGGCCCAUAUGGGGAUGUGAGAAGUCGCAGAAUUGAAGAUUGUGUCACCUGGCCUCUACUCCAGCAGUUUCUCUGUUCUGUGAUCAAUGUGACUCACUUGACCACCAUCAGUUAACGAGAUGAGCCAGGAUCGUGGAAAAUAUGACUUUUAUAUUGGUCUGGGAUUGGCUAUGAGCUCCAGCAUAUUCAUUGGAGGAAGCUUCAUUUUAAAAAAGAAGGGUCUCUUAAGGCUAGCCAGAAAAGGCUCCAUGAGAGCAGGUCAAGGUGGCCAUGCAUAUCUUAAAGAGUGGUUAUGGUGGGCUGGACUUCUUUCAAUGGGAGCUGGUGAAGUGGCCAACUUUGCUGCUUAUGCAUUUGCACCAGCCACGUUAGUGACGCCAUUAGGAGCUCUUAGUGUUCUUGUGAGUGCCAUUCUUUCGUCAUACUUUCUAAAUGAAAGACUUAAUCUUCAUGGAAAAAUUGGAUGUUUAUUAAGUAUUUUAGGGUCUACUGUUAUGGUAAUUCAUGCUCCAAAAGAGGAGGAGAUAGAGACCUUAAAUGAGAUGUCUCAUAAGCUGGGUGAUCCAGGUUUUGUGGUCUUUGCAACAUUGAUUGUCAUUGUGUCCUUGAUAUUAAUUUUUGUGGUAGGACCUCGCCAUGGACAAACAAACAUUCUUGUUUACAUAACAAUCUGCUCUGUAAUUGGAGCAUUUUCCGUGUCUUGUGUUAAAGGCCUUGGAAUUGCUAUUAAAGAACUUUUUGCAGGGAAGCCUGUACUGAGACACCCACUGUCCUGGAUUCUACUGCUAAGCCUUAUACUCUGUGUAAGUACACAGAUCAAUUAUUUAAACAAGGCCCUGGAUAUAUUUAAUACAUCCAUAGUGACUCCAAUAUAUUAUGUAUUCUUCACUACAUCUGUUUUAACUUGUUCAGCUAUUCUUUUUAAAGAGUGGCAAAACAUGCCUGUUGAUGACAUCAUUGGCACUUUGAGUGGCUUCCUUACAAUCAUUGUGGGAAUCUUUUUAUUGCAUGCCUUUAAAGAUGUCAAUUUUAAUUUAGCAAGUCUGCCUGUGUCUUUUAGAAAAGAUGAAAAAGUAGUGAAUGGCAAUCUGUCCAACUUGUAUGAAGUCUUUAAUAAUGAAGAAAGCUUAGCCUGCGGAAGUGAGCAACAAACUGGUGAAAACAUCUCUAGAAGAAAUGGAAAUCUGAUGACUUUUUGAAAAUAGAUAGAAUUUUUUAAAGACUUAAUCUGUAAUUGUGUGUGUGAUUUUGUUUUUGUUUUGGUUUUUGCUGUAAAAUGAGCUUGUCUGAAAAUAGAACUUGUCAUUUUAAAUGCUGUCUAGAGACAAUCUUUUUUUUUUUGAUGGUUUCACUAAUUUGGACAAGAACAAUAAUGACUUUACUUUUCUUAUAUAUGAAGUAUAAGACAAUUCACUAAGAUGACCUAAAUAUGGUUGGUUUGGGGUUCUGUUAACACUGUAUAAUUGUAUGAUUUUAAAUUUCAAAUCUUUCAUCAAAAAAAAGAAA